AUGACUUCAUCAAUCGAAAGAUUAUCAAUUGAAUUAAUUUAUCGAAUUUUAUCUCAUAUUGAUGAUGUGACAAUUGUUUUAUCUUGUCGAAAUGUUUGUCAAAGAUUAAAUUCAAUAAUUGAAACAUAUGAAAGAUAUCGAAAAUUGAAUUUUAUUCAUUUGACAUCGAAUCGAAUUUCAUCAAAUUGUCUUCUUUGUUUGGGAAAUAUUUUACGAAGAAAUCAAGUUUUAAAAAUAUUGAAAAUCGAUUGUGUUCAAUUGAAUACACAAGCUGAACAAGAUUUAUUCGAAGAAUUAUUAAAAAAUCAAACUUUAACAACACUUUAUCUUUGUUGGAAUCGAAUAAGUUCUCAAGGAAUUCAAAGUUUAGCAAAUGUUAUCUUACAUAAUCAAACACUUAUCGAACUUCAUAUCGAAGGAAAUCAUCUCGAUUCUGAAGGAAUUAAACAUUUGAGUUCUUCUCUUCAAUUAAAUCAAACACUCACAAUUCUUCAUUUGAAAUUUAAUCAAAUUGGUUCUCAAAAUAUUAAAGAUUUGGCGAAAUCUUUGGAAAAGAAUCAAACUUUGAUAAAAUUGUAUUUGGGAUUUAAUAAAUUAGGAUAUGAAGGAUCGAAUUACUUAACGAAUUGUCUUGGAAAUAAUCGAACAAUAAAAAUAAUGAAUUUAGAAAAUAAUCAAAUCAGCGAUCGAGGAAUCGAAUAUUUUCAUGAUUUUCUUCAAUUAAAUCAAACAUUGACAACACUUGAUCUUUCUCUUAAUGAUAUUGGAGUUAAAGGAGCAAAGUCUCUUUCCAAUAUACUUUUCCAAAACAAAACAAUAACAACAUUAAAUCUAAAUUUCAAUCAUAUCGGUGUCCAAGGAAUUCAAUCAAUUGCAAUGUCUCUCAGCAAAAACCAAACACUUUUAACAUUACAAUUGAAACAUAAUCAAAUAUUCGAUCAAGGUACUUUUUUCAUUGCUGAUGCUUUAAUGAAAAAUCAUACACUCACUGUACUUCAUCUCGAAGAAAAUUCUAUUGGAAUCGAAGGUGCACAAUAUUUAGCAAAUGCUUUGAAACGAAAUCAAACAUUAAGUGAACUUCAUCUUGGAAUGAAUUCAAUUGAGUUUCAAGGAGUAAAAUACUUUGUCAAUGCUCUUUUAAUCAAUCAAACUUUGAAAGAAUUGUAUUUCGAAAAGAAUAACAUUGGUUUGAAAGGAAUUCAAGCAUUUGCAGAACUUUUACGAAAGAAUCAAACAUUAAAGACACUUGAUUUGUCGAAUAAUGGAAUAACUGAUCGAGGAAUUGAAUGUUUGAUUUCUAUGCUUGCAGAAAAUCAAGCAUUGACAACACUAAAUCUUCGAUCAAACUACAUCACUGUUCAUGGAGCGAUGCAUUUUUUUCAAAAUCUACGAGAUAAUAAUAUUUUAAAUACAAUUGAUCUUUCUGAUAAUCGAAUCGUUACUGAUGGUCAUGAACAUCUUUUAAGUGUUUAUGAAAAUACCCGAAAUCUUAAUGUUAUAUUUUAA